AUGCCCAUCGUCGGCAGUGAUCGACUGUCUCAUCCCUAUACUCAAGUCUCACCCGGUUUGUUUUCGUUCGGCCCAAAGGGAAACGCCGGUUCUGAGGCUGAAGAAUGUCUUGGCUGUCUUGGAUCAGCUUGGAUCCCUGGAUUUGAUCGAGGUCGAGUGUGCUGUGCUGGUGAAAUUGCUUAUUCCCCUGCACUCCCAUCUACUCCAACAGCUCCUCACUCAUACUCAACCACCUCACACAAAAACCAACAAACCAAACAGAUAAAUAUCAGCCCUCUCUCUGUCUCUCGUACCACUCACUGCCCACUAGCUACGGUACUUGGAAAUUGUCACUCGGUCAUCAUGCAUCGCCUCAACCUCAACAAGAUCGCAUCCGCUCCGAGGUUCCUCUCUAACUCAUUGGCACCCUCAAACCGUCUCACAUCGAAAUUCACGAAAUCCUCUCAGAACUUACGCCAUCUUGCAACAGCUACUAACGACCAAGUACUUCGGAAAGCUCCUUCCCCCGUCGAUGGCUUUGUCAAUUCAAAUAACAGCUAUUACAUCGAAGAGAUGUAUCGGAUGUGGAGGAAAGAUCCGGGUUCGGUCCAUGCAUCCUGGAACGUCUAUUUCUCUGGUUUGGAAAAAGGCUUGCCUUCCGAGAACGCAUUCAGACCUCCUCCUGGGCUCGUGAGCAUGCCUCAGCCUGCUGGCGGAGCCCCAAUGCUAGCAAUGCCUGGCUCAGGCGGUGAAGUAGAAGACCACAUGAAAAUUCAACUCUUGGUUCGAGCCUACCAAGUCAGAGGGCAUCAUAUCGCCAAACUCGACCCUCUAAAUCUAUCAGAGGCCGAUCUUCAGACCAUCAGACCGCCUGAAAUGGACUUGAAACACUACGGAUUCGAUGAAAACACCGAUUACGAGAAAGAGUUCUCCCUCGGGCCUGGUAUUCUGCCUCUCUUCCACACCAAAGAUCGCGAGAAAAUGAAGUUGAGGGAGAUUAUCGAAGCUUGUAAUCGAAUUUACUGCGGUCACAUUGGUUUACAAUACGUUCAUUUGCCCGAUCGGAAAGAAUGCGAUUGGAUUAGAGAGCGAGUGGAAUUACCGGUCCCAUGGAGUUAUUCAUUGGAAGAAAAGCGGAUGAUCCUUGACCGGUUGAUCUGGUCUGAUUCAUUCGAACGAUUUGUGGCCUCAAAGCACCCUAAUGAGAAGAGGUUUGGGCUAGAGGGUGGCGAAAGUCUGAUUCCAGGUAUGAAAGCUCUAAUCGAUCGAUCAGUGGAUGCAGGUGUCAAGAGUAUCGUCAUUGGCAUGCCCCAUCGUGGCAGGUUGAACGUCUUGUCAAACGUGGUCAGGAAGCCUAUGGAGGCUAUCUUCAACGAAUUCGCCGGCUCAGCUGAUGCGUCUGAAGAUGGCGGAGGUGAUGUCAAAUAUCAUCUUGGUGCCAACUACGUGCGCCCGACGCCUUCCGGAAAGAAAGUGGCACUUUCUCUAGUCGCCAAUCCCUCUCAUCUUGAAGCCGAGGACCCCGUAGUGCUAGGCAAGACCAAAGCUCUACAACACUUCGAUGGCGAAGGCUCUACCGAUCACGCCAUGGGAAUCUUGUUACACGGUGACGCGGCCUUCGCUGGUCAGGGUGUGGUCUACGAGACCAUGGGCUUUCACGAUCUACCUCACUUUGGAACUGGCGGGACGGUUCACUUGGUGAUCAACAAUCAAAUCGGGUUUACCACUGAUCCUCGCCAAGGUCGUUCGACCCCUUACUGCACAGAUAUCGCUAAAUCUAUCGAUGCGCCCAUCUUUCACGUUAAUGGCGACGAUGCCGAGGCUGUCACCUUCGUCUGUCAGCUUGCUGCUGAUUGGAGAGCUGCGUUCAAGAAGGAUGUCGUUGUUGACAUUGUCUGCUACCGUCGUCACGGUCACAACGAGACCGAUCAGCCCAGCUUCACACAGCCGAAGAUGUACCAAGCCAUUGGCCAGCAGCCACCAACUCUGAAAAUCUACACCGAUCACUUGAUCAAAGAAGGGAGCUUCACCGAACAAGAAAAUCAACAAUCACAAAGAAUGGGUGUGGAGUAUGAUGGAGAAGGCCUACGAAGGAAGUCAGGAUUACAACCCAACUUCGCGAGAGUGGCUGUCGAGCUCGAGCUCAAAGAAAACAUCCUCGAGGCCCGGCCUACGGGAGUAGAAAGGAGUGUCAUGAACAAAAUUGGUGACACGAUAUCUGGAGGAUGGCCAGAGAACUUUGAGGUCCACAAAAACCUCGGAAGAAUUCUCAAGAACCGAGGUAAAACGAUUGCGGAGGGUGACCAGAUUGAUUGGUCGACAGCCGAAGCCCUGGCAUUUGGUUCAUUAUUACUAGAAGGUAAUCAUGUCCGGGUUUCAGGGCAAGAUGUCGAACGUGGUACCUUUUCUCAAAGACAUGCGGUCCUACAUGAUCAGAAAACAAACGAUAAUUACAUCCCAUUGAGUAACCUCAAACCCGAGGGAUCGGAUCCCGUUGGCCCGUUCACGAUUUGCAAUUCGUCCUUAUCCGAGUUUGGAGCUCUGGGAUUCGAGUUGGGAUACUCCUUGGUUGACCCUCAUCUACUCACUAUGUGGGAGGCUCAAUUUGGCGACUUUGCCAAUAAUGCCCAAUGUAUCAUUGAUCAGUUUAUUUGUUCUGGGGAAAGAAAAUGGCUACAGAGAACUGGCUUGGUGAUGUCAUUACCCCAUGGGUACGAUGGACAAGGACCAGAACAUUCGAGUGCCCGGAUCGAAAGAUUCUUACAACUCUGCGAUGACGACCCUUUCAAAUUCCCGACGCCGGAGAAGGCUCAGCGAAUCCAUCAAGAUUGUAACAUGCAAUUAGUUUAUUGCACGACUCCUUCGAACUAUUUCCAUGUCUUGAGGAGACAGAUCCACCGUGACUUCCGGAAACCCUUGAUCGUCUUCUUCUCAAAAUCGUUGUUGAGACAUCCCUUGGCUAAAUCAUCUGUCACCGAAAUGGAACCCGGUACAUUUUUUAUUCCUUUGAUACCGGAGCCUGGCUUUUCCGGUAUGGUCGAGAACCACCAAAUCAAACGUCAUAUAUUCUGCUCCGGUCAAGUCUAUUACACAUUACUCCAAGAGCGCGAGAAGCGAAACAUUAACGACAUAGCCAUCACUCGAAUCGAACAGCUUUCACCAGUGCCGUAUUACGAAAUUGUUAAGGCUCUUGAAACUUAUCCGAACAGCGAUGUGAUGUAUUGUCAAGAAGAACCCGUCAAUGGCGGCGCGUACACGUACUUGGCUCCUCGAUUAGAAAAUGCGAUGAACCAGACCGAAAACCAUGCUGGCAAGAAGGUUUUGUACGCUGGUAGACCACCAUACGCGUCCGUGGCUACUGGAUCAAAGAAGAUCCAUAAACAAGAAGUUCAACAAUUCCUUGAUCAAGCGCUUAACGUGUAA